UGAACCUUCAAAUUCCAAAAUCCAAAAGAAAAGAAAAAGACUGGACAAUACGUGGUGGGUGCAGCACAAACCCCGGCUACCUAUCUUCUGAACAAUCAAAGUUCAUCAAAAAAAAAAAUCAAAACUUGAAUAAUCAAAGUGAUCCCAUUCUCUUUCUCUGUGUUCAAACAUCAUACUAUAAUCAUAUUCAUUACUCCCAAAUCUUCAACAUAAUCUUGUUUCUGGAACAACAUUCAUACUAUAAGCAUCAGGAAGAUAAGAACAAGACUCUGAUUUACAAUUCUCUUAUCCUUUGGUUAUUCCAAUCAAUCAAUCAAUCAGAAUCAAUUGAAUUGAAGAUGGGAGGUUCGUUAGGGGUAGUUGCAGAAUCACCAAAAAGAGGUUAUUUCCCAGAAACCAAACUCGAAACUAAAAUGGUGGAAGCUAUGCAAAAUAGGGCUUCCCCCAUGAAAUCCUUCAACACCAUCAUUCUUAAAUUUCCUAAAAUUGAUCAGAGUUUUAGGAAAUGCAAAGCAAUCUUCGAACAAUUUGAUGUGGAUAAGAAUGAGGUGAUUGAUCACAGUGAGCUGAAACACUGCUUACGAAAACUGGAAGUUAUCUUCAGUGAGGAAGAGAUUGAUGAUUUCUUCAAAUCAUGUGAUAUAAAUGAGAAUAUGGGGAUUAAAUUCAAUGAGUUUAUUGUUCUUCUUUGUCUUGUUUACCUUCUUCAGGAGGAUCCUUCCAAGAAGACUCAACUUAAAUCUCGGAUGGGUUUGCCCAAUUUGGAGGCCACAUUUGAAACUCUUGUUGAUGCUUUUGCUUUUUUGGACAAAAAUAAAGAUGGUUAUGUCAGCAAGACUGAAAUGGUUCAGGCCAUUAAUGAAACUACCACUGGGGAACGUUCUUCUGGACGAAUCGCCAUGAAAAGAUUUGAAGAGAUGGACUGGGAUAGAAAUGGAAUGGUUAACUUCAAAGAAUUUCUAUUUGCCUUCACCCGUUGGGUUGGUAUCGAUGAAGCUGAAGACGAGGAUGAAGUAGAUGAGGGUGAAGGUGAAGGAGAAGCUUAAUCCUUUACUUUCUUGGAACUUCCUCUAUAGUUUUCUAUGAUAUGAAAUACCUGUAAGUCUGUAACAGCAAAUAGUUGAGCUGGUUAGGUGGAUGGUGUUUACACCUUAGACUCUUAAUUUUGACAAAAUGUUGAGUUGUUAUACAAAGGCAUGGCUGCUGUUUUUUUCCCCACAGCCCAUCACCACUUGUGUGCAGCAACCCAGUACAGCUUUAAUAAGUGUAGCAUGAUACUUUUUGAAGGUCUUUAGUUUUGCAUUUCAUUGUCUGUACUUUAAGUUUGAUACAGGUUUUGUA